AUGGGUUCCAUAAUAGAAACUCCCAAGGGCGCCGCCUCGAAGCUCUUCACGCCUCUCGAGAUUGCCAACGGCAAAAUUACCCUCAAACACCGCGUCGUCCUUGCUCCUUUGACCCGCAACAGAGGCGUCCCUCUGAGUGCUGAAAGUACACCCGAGAAGCCAAACCGCAUAUGGUACCCGGACGAGCUGGUUGCGGAGCACUACCGCCAGCGCACCACAGAUGGAGGCCUUCUUAUCAGCGAGGCGCUUCCGCCUAGCCUAGAGAGCAACGGAAUGCCCGGCGUGCCAGGGAUAUUCAUUCCCGAACAGGCUGCUGGCUGGAAGAAGGUGACUGAUGCCGUGCACGCCGCCGGAGGCUAUAUCUAUGCCCAAAUCUGGCAUGCUGGACGCACCACGAUCGAGCCCUUCACGGGCACUCCCGCGGUUGCCCCGUCAGCUGUGCUCUGGGACGAUCCGGAAGAGUGCUAUCCCUACCCUCCCGUCGGCGCGGACAAGCCUGUCAAGUUCAGGGAGUAUCCGCCGAUAGAGCUGAGCGUUGAGCACAUCAAGCGGACCAUCGGGGACUAUGUCAAGGCAGCGAAGACGGCCAUGGAGGUCGGCUUCGAUGGUGUCGAGAUCCACGGCGCCAACGGCUACCUUCCCGAGCAAUUCUUGUCUUCCAACGCGAACAAGAGGACUGACGAGUACGGAGGCUCUCCCGAGAAGAGAUGCAAGUUUGUUCUGGACCUGAUGGCCGAGGUCGCCUCUGCAAUCGGGGAGGAGAAUCUGGCGAUCCGAUUGUCACCGUUCGGUUUGUACAACCAGGCUCGUGGAGAGCAACGUGUCGAAACGUGGGGCCACCUGUGCCGAGAACUCAAGAAAAAUCACCCGACGCUUUCGUAUGUCAGUUUUCUCGAGCCGAGGUACGAGCAGGUGUUUUCGCCCGAGGAGAAGGAUAACUUCCUUGCAUCGUGGGGUCUUUUGAACGUUGAUUUGUCAAUGUUCAGAGAGAUUUUCAACGCCGGGCCGAAGCCAACUCCCUUCUUCUCUGCGGGCGGUUGGAACGAUGCAAACUCGUGGGGUGUCCUCGAAUCCGGCAAGUACGAUGCGCUGCUGUAUGGACGCCUGUUUACCAGCAACCCGGACAUCAAGGAGCGGUUAGAGAAGGGAUAUCCGCUCAGGAAGUACGACCGUUCUCGAUUCUACGGUCCUUUCCCCGACAGGGAAGUAGCGUACACGGACUAUCCGACGUGGGAGGAGGAAGUACAGCGCGCGGCAAAGCAGGGCAAGAAGGUCGAGGUCGAAGCGACCGAAGAUGGCGGGCGACGAAUCAAGCAGUAG